AUGAUAAUGUGGACUCCUGCUGAGGAUAUAAAGAAAAGUGAAAAUGGUGCAACCAAUAAAAGUAACGUACGUAGAAGAAGAACGGGGGUAUAUAAAAUGGAAGCAGCUGAAGGAGUUGUUUUUCAAAAUAAUAGAUUCCUGAGUUCAUUGACGAUAGGAAAAAGGAAGAUUUCCGAAGAAAUUCUUCCGCCCGGCAGUCCUGGCAUCUUUCGUCCAAAACCUACAACCUGUGAACAUCUGACUUUCAGCGGUUACGCUAGGGCGGCGAAACAGUCGUUCGGCAAUCUGCUGUCAAGAAAAAUGGCUACCAGCACUAGUCAGACUUCUGUGCCUUGGCCAAAUACUAAAGAUGACUACGAAUUGGGAAAAGUUAUCGGUGUUGGAGCGACUGCUGUUGUGCAUGGUGCAUUGUGCAAGCCAAGAAACGAAAAAUGUGCCAUCAAAAGAAUCAAUCUGGAGAAGUGGAACACUUCCAUGGACGAAUUGUUGAAAGAAAUUCAAGCCAUGAGCAGCUGCAACCAUGAAAAUGUGGUAACCUACUAUACCAGUUUCGUUGUAAGAGAAGAAUUAUGGCUUGUGCUCAAACUUUUGGAAGGUGGGAGUCUCUUGGACAUCAUCAAACACAAAACCAGGGCUUCAAAUUGCAAACAUGGAGUAUUUGAUGAAGCCACAAUCGCCACAGUGCUGAAGGAAGUGCUGAAAGGGCUGGAGUACUUUCAUAGUAAUGGCCAGAUUCACAGGGAUAUUAAGGCUGGUAAUAUCCUUCUGGGAGAAGAUGGGACCGUUCAGAUUGCCGACUUUGGUGUCUCUGCCUGGCUGGCUACAGGGAGAGACGUGUCACGAGAGAAAGUAAGGCACACUUUUGUAGGAACACCUUGUUGGAUGGCACCUGAAGUUAUGGAGCAGGAUCAUGGUUACGAUUUCAAAGCAGAUAUCUGGUCCUUCGGUAUAACAGCAAUAGAAAUGGCUAGUGGUACAGCUCCUUACCAUAAGUAUCCUCCCAUGAAGGUUCUUAUGCUGACGUUACAGAAUGAUCCACCAAAUCUAGAUACCGGUGCCGAAGAAAAAGAUCAGUACAAGGCUUAUGGUAAAACGUUCAGGAAAAUGAUCACAGACUGUUUGCAAAAGGAGCCAUCGAAAAGACCUACGGCAGCAGAGUUACUGAAACACCCGUUUUUCAAAAAGGCGAAAGAUAAGAAAUACCUGCAAUCUACUUUGGUAGCUAUUGGUCCAAGUUUGGAAACGAGGGUUGAAAAGGCGAAAAAACGGCAACCGGGCGCGUCGGGCCGCCUCCACCGCAAAGAGACCGGCGAGUGGGUGUGGUCGAGCGAGGACGAGGCGGAGGGCGCGUGCGCGGACGACUCGAGCGACAGCGACGACGGCGCCAAGCCGAUGAACACGCUCGCCUCGGCCGACGAUUCGCCGAGCGGCUCGGACAGGGAGGAGGGGGCAGACGAUGGGCCGCCUCCUGUUAAUCUGGUGUUGAGGAUGAGGAAUGCGAAACGAGAACUGAACGACAUAAGGUUCGAGUUCGCCGUCGGAAAAGAUUCGGCUGAAGGCAUCGCCACCGAGCUCGUGGGAGCUGGUUUAGUCGAUGGAAAAGACAUAACGGCCAUCACCGUCAACCUACAAAAACUCAUCGAUCAACGGGAUCGUCAGAAAAUCGUAACCUUCCAGUUGAACUCACCACUGAACAGUAGCGAAGUUCCAGACGAUAAGGCCCUUAUAGGGUAUGCCCAGAUAUCCAUAAUGGACUGA